AUGGCCACAUCAGCAAUCCAACAAUCCUCCUUCGCCGGCCAAACGGCCCUCAAGCCCUCUAAUGACCUCCUCCGCAAGGUCGGCGUCUCCGGUGGUGGCCGUGUGACUAUGCGCCGUACCGUUAAAUCUACUCCUCAGAGCAUCUGGUAUGGACCAGACCGUCCCAAGUACUUGGGACCGUUCUCGGAGAACACACCGUCGUACCUAACCGGAGAGUACCCCGGAGACUACGGCUGGGACACCGCAGGGCUCUCAGCUGACCCAGAGACAUUCUCCAAGAACCGUGAGCUUGAAGUAAUACACAGCAGAUGGGCAAUGCUGGGAGCUCUAGGUUGUACAUUCCCUGAGAUCCUCUCCAAGAACGGAGUCAAAUUCGGAGAAGCCGUGUGGUUCAAGGCAGGUUCUCAAAUCUUCUCAGAAGGAGGUCUUGACUACCUCGGAAACCCUAACUUGAUCCACGCGCAAAGCAUCUUAGCCAUCUGGGCUUGCCAAGUUGUGCUCAUGGGUUUCAUCGAAGGCUACAGAAUCGGUGGUGGACCACUCGGAGAAGGUCUUGACCCGCUUUACCCUGGAGGUGCCUUCGACCCACUGAAUUUGGCAGAGGACCCAGAGGCCUUCGCUGAGCUGAAGGUGAAGGAGCUCAAGAACGGUCGUCUUGCCAUGUUCUCCAUGUUUGGAUUCUUUGUUCAAGCCAUUGUUACUGGUAAAGGUCCCAUCGAGAACUUGUUUGAUCACUUGGCUGAUCCUGUGGCUAACAACGCUUGGUCUUACGCUACUAACUUUGUUCCCGGAAAGUAA